AUGGCGGAGGCCGCCGCGCUCACCCUGCUCCGUGACAGGCUGGAGCCUCUCACCUGUGCCACUGACGGCUGUCACGUGACCCCGGCUGACGCCGUUGCUAUGGUGACGGAUCGCAAACGCGGAGGUCACAGUCGCGGGUCUGCAGCGGCUCUCCUGAACGCCAGCGAGCUGGGACCUGCUGGGGCCAUGAAGAAGAUCACUGAUGUCAGCUGGAGCUACAGCGUGCAGGGUCCUGUGGUCAUGAUUAGGGAAGGAGACGAACCUAUCCUCCGCCAGACCAGGGAUGCCGAGCUGCGCCAUGACAUCAUCGUGCUCCAGCAGACGUUUGAGAGGACGCUGGACGACCUGGACAGCGUCGUCCAGAAGCUGGUGGGCGACGUGCAGGAGACGGAGCGCCAGGAGGCGCACAUGCAGCGCUGCCACCUGCACCACAUGGAGGCGCUGUGGGCGCUGCAGGCCGCACGGCUGCAGGGUCUGCAGCAGCAGUGGGAGCGCGCCCUGGAGGACGUCAGCGCCAGCGUCAGCUCUCAGAGGCAGCAGAUGUUGCAGCAGUCCCAGCAGCAGGAGAUCCAGCUGCAGGAGCUGACCCUGACGGCGGAGUUGCACAACACGGACGCCAUGAAUGACAUCAGGAUGCUGCUCGAGGACACGCUGGCGAUGUACACGUGCUCUCUGGAGGAGCAGGUGGCGUCUCUGGAGGGCAGGGAGGAGGCGAGCGACGCCACGAGCUUAGAGCACCUGCAGAAAAGUAUCGCCAAGGUAACGCAGCUGGAGAAGCAGCUCGCAGACAACCAGAAGAAGAUCAGCGAAGACCUGAAGACCACCAAGAAGCUGGAGGACGCCGUCCGCAGGCUGAGGCAGAAGAUGAUCUCCAACAAGGCAGGAAACAGCUCGAUGGAGGAGGAGCUGACCGCCGCCAUAAACGAGCUCAACUGCAGGUCUCGCGCACUCCAGGACCACCUGACCCAGUCGCACACGGCGGCGAGGAAGAGGCUCACCGAGCUCACCGUCCAGGGUGACGCCGCCACCAAGAACCUGCAGGCCGUCGUCACCAAGGGCGAGAGGGUUCUACGGGCCGCGGACAUCUGCCGCCGGCUGGAGACGCAACACGACACGUUACUGACAUCAUCACGACGCACAGACGAGUGCCAACAGGACACGCCAGCAAAGGACGUCUGUAGGUUCCCGGAACUGCAGCAGCUGCGGCGGAGCAGCAGCGGCGGCGCCGUGCUGCAGCGUGAAGCUCUGAGGAAGCACAGCAAGGAGCUGAGGCGCGAGAACGAACAGCUGCAGCUUCUGCUGCGUCAGCAUGACCACCACGCCCACUUGCCCCCGCUCCACGUGGCCCGAGCUCCGACCACCGCCAGCACCACGCCUGCUGCGAGGGGUAGGAGCCGCGUCACGGUCAUCGAAGCUGCCCACGCCGUCUUGAAGCAGUGACUAAUUAAAAUGUGUUCGCCAUGACGACCAGCAGGACGA